GAGAACGCAGGCAGGGAGCAGGUGGUGGCGGGGGAAGAGUGGCGUACCAAUGUCACCGUGAUGACAACCAUGGCGGUGGGUGUGGUUGUUGUUGAAGGCGGAGGCGGCAAACAUCGAAUGACGAUAGAGGCCAAACCGCCGCUGCACACCAAGCUGGAUGUGAUCAAGAAGGAGCAGAAUAAGAAGAGCCAGAGCUACAAGAUGGAGUCAGGAUCUGAGGGAGUCAAAGCCAACAUUCCCAGGUUUUCUCUGGAGGACAAGAGGGAGACCGAAUAUGGCCCAUGCAGGAGAGAGAUGGAGAGCAUUCUGAACAGUCUGAAAAUCACCAAUGUGCUCAUCCCCAGAGGCGUCCGCAUCCCCAACUGUGACAAAAAAGGCUUCUACAAGAAAAAACAAUGCCGUCCAUCAAAAGGGAGGAAGCGAGGUUACUGCUGGUGUGUGGAUAAGUACGGUCAGCCUCUCCCCAGCUACGAUGGAAAGGAGAGAGGAGAAUCCCAGUGCAACAACCUGGAGAACAAAUGAGAAGCAGAGAGAGAAYGGAUGGAUGGAGAGAAAGAACGAAGGAAUAGGAGAGAGACUUUUUUUCACUCCGGCACUUCACAAAGCACAGUCAAAAGAGCGCCAGACUGUUGACCUCAGGUCACAUGACU